UGCAAACUCAUCUGUAGUGGCCUUCCUUGCCUCAAAUUCUGUGAAAUUCGUUGUUCAUACCCAAGCUUGACUGCAAAGGCUUUUUUUAGUUAGUUGUCUUCUGGUAAGCCAAUAUUUAAUAUCUUUCACUACCUUUCGAUGUCUAUUAUAAUAUGAUUAAAGCGGGGUCAGAGUGAAAGAAGGCUUUGUUUCAUACAUAGCUGAAGGUAGUGGGGCAACUUUUCUUUUCUCUUCACAGGGCUAAAAAACUUGAAUUUGAGCAAGCAGCUCUUACAUUUUUCUUGCCCAGGGCCACUUCUUCCUCGUCGUAUUUAACCCUUUGAAUGCCAACCCAAACACACCUUAGCAACCGGCAACCAUAUUGGAUUUUUUCACAAAAAUGUAUUUUUGGCAAUGUAAGAACUUUAUAACUUUGUUUAGUUGUAUAUCUUGCCUUAAACUAGUAAAUACAGUAAAAAUGUAAGUGAUCUGGCAAGGUACUCACAACUAUCAUGUCAGCUACUUUAAUAUUACGUCACAACACAACAUAACUGUUGAUAACUUCCUUAAAAAACAUUCAGGUCAGCACUUAACAUUAUUUCUUCUCAGACCCUUUCAAACAACCACAGACAAAAACGCUGAGCUACCGAAACGUCCUUAGUAGCAGAAACAUACCUUUGAGGACAUAUAUGAUAUAUAUACGUCCCUGUCAUUCAAAGGGUUAAUGAUUAGGUUAGAAGAUGACAUGCUUAGGCCCUUGCCCUUUGGGCAUGUGAAUUUUAAAAGUAACAUGCCCAGCAAGAAAAUCUACUUGUCCCUGAUGACUGGACAGGACUUAUUUUCAGCCCUGUCUACAUGCUUAUUUGAGGGAGGGUGCUUUUUGAAGAAAAAAAAGUGCUGUAUGCAACUUUGUUAUCAGGCAAGGGGGACUUUAAUAUCAAUGCAGAAUAAGGAGUGAAUUUUUUAAUGUUGAGAAUGUUAAUAAUCUCAAAAUUAUAACUUUUUCCAUAUGAUACUAUUUUAUUAAGCUCCUGCUUUGUCUUUUUAUUCUUCAGGAAAAAUUGGUGACUGGAGUUUCAGGCCCAAAUUAAUGUUCUCAAAGCGUUUUUGUAUUAUUAGAAUUUGUUGUUUAGAAAAGCCGUUUUAAAAAGAGAUAUCAAAGGAUUUGUAUUGUUUUUCAUUUUGCAAACUGUGUUAAAUAUUUCUGGAGAUGGCAACAGAUACUUGGAAGGUAAGCUUCAAGUUACCUGUACAUGGUGAUUUCAUAAAGAUCAUGGAAAAUAACUAGCAUAUGCAUUUUGUUUACUGUAGGUAAAUGACAUCAAUUAGUCAAUCAAUCAUCUUUAUUUUAACACAACAUUUUGUGAGCCUGAAAUAGACACAUACAAAUACACGUAUGUACCAGUAUCUACCACAGAUAAAUUAAUAAAAUUUAAAAACUUCAGAAUAUUGAAAACAGACAAGGGGACAGAGAUAAUUUAAAGAAUUCUUGUCCUUUGGUCAAGCUGUGCUGACAUUAUUUUUAGUAGCUCAGAACAGGCCUAUUUUCACCAGCAUUAAACUUUCCCUCAAGAAAGGUUUCUUGCCCUUUGGGCAACUUGUAAUAAAAAACAUUCUUGCCCUGCAGACUGCCUAUCCCGGGUUAUUUGAAACUACUUUUGUUGCUACAUUUAUCUCUCUAGACAGUCCAUUUGUUGACUCUUAUUUAAACCUCUCCACAAUGGCCAUUUUCUUCUGUUCCCAAGGUGGCUGCUGUUGAGAGGUUGAUAUGUUUGAUUAGAGCAAAAUCCACAUCUUAAGAAACAUGAUGACUGUACUGAUAUUUUCCAAAUUACAUCUGCUCUGAAAACGUAUAAAUAGAACUGACGUUAGUUGCUUCAUUCAAACUUACUGAAACUGAACUUGUAAUGUGUCUUCUCUUAUGCAAACUACCAAAUUUCUCUAAGUAGUUAGGUCUCCUUUAGUAAUUUUAGUAAAUUUAUAUUGAUUAUUCUCAUUGUAAUUUACAUUUGUGUCUGUGUGUGUGUGUGGCUGUUUGGCCCAGAUUAGCAGAUGUUCCUUGUGGACCAGUCUCUUUGUCUUGUACAUUUGUAAUUAUUAAUUAUUUAUUCCAAUAAGGUUGAGAAGUUGAAGUUUAAGAGUUUCAACACUCAUCCUGGCCCAGUGUAAUUUUUUGAAGCUUGAGAACAAAAUUAUUAAGAUCAGGAACCUCCCAAACUUAAAAGGGUAGUUAGCUUCAGGUAAGCAUCCUGAAUAAGAGUAAGAUAUAUGUACUGUUGUUGCAGGGUUCUGAUCGUCGAGAUCGCACAAGGACAAGUCCAUACGACUUAAGUGGGCGUGAUUAUUACAUUGGCAAUCAUAACAGAGGAAGAGCAUUUUCCUAUGAUGGAAAUUCUUUCUCCAGUCAUUCUGGGUAAGUUUUUAUCCUAGAUGUAUGCCUAAGCUGAAAACACUGUACAUUAUGCAGUUUUUUUGGGGGGGGUGGAAGGGGGGGGGGGAGGGGGUUAGCUUUUUUGAAACAAUGUUUGCUCUUAAAGUUUUCUGUAGGUUUUAUAAUGUUAUAUCAUUGUCAGGAUUCAAGCACGUGAGAGGUUCUGAUACAUCUUCAUGUAGAUUCCGCUAUGUGUUUUUCCUAUAUCUACAGAACAUUUAUAUACUUGUACAGUAUAGUUAUACUUUGAACAUAAUAAUGUGCAUAGUGUGAUUAAAUACAGUUUAAAAGAGUUAACCACAAGUAGCUUUAGUCUUGUGCCAUGCUUUCAUGUGCCCUUGGACCAAAGUGUACUGUAGCAUUUAGCAACUUUCAGUGUGUGUUUCAUGACCGUCAGUGUUUUUUCCCUUGAGUGUGCUUGCAGGGGUCUUCUUCUCAUAGACAAUCAUCUUCUUUCUUUCUUCACUAUUACCACUGUUUAUGAGUGUGAUGGGUGCCUGCUAGUGCUGCCCCGAUGGUAGUCUUUAUCUGAAAGCUGGCCACUAGUAGUACAAGUUUCUGGAUGUCUCAGGCAUCCAACCUCUGUUUUUCUAAGCAGAUGUUAUUGUCAAGAUUUACUUUGUGUGUUACUUUUACCCUCAGAUCCAGAGAAACUGGUGUAGUAGAGAAACUCUUGGUAAGAAAUGUCACCACAUGUACAUUUUUGAUAACGUUGUCAGAGAACUAAGUAUUCUCUUGCAUACUAUGUACAUGUACUCAUGUUUUAGUUUGCUAUUGAUUCAAUGUUCGAAACAAAAAAAGAAUAAAAAUAAUUUAAAUGUGGCUAAAUGUACUUUAGGCAAAGUCAACCUCACAGCAAUGCUGGUCAGCAGUUUUCCCAACAGUGCUGGGGGUGGCCAGCCUGAUGCUUUUAGCAGGGGCACCUUGUGACUUGUAUAAGCAAUUGCUUGCUUGCAGUUCUUCGCAAAGUGUGUGCGCUAGAGCCUUGUUGCUUGCUUGCCAAUUUUUGUGCAGUGUUUUUUUCCAGCCCUCCCUCCCUCUUUAGUUCAGGGCCAGGUGAGGGAAAAAAACAUAUUGGUUGGUAAGGAUUCCACUGACCAGUUCAUUGUGACAGUGCCUGGUGGGGGCCCCUCGCAGGGUUGCCAUGGUUUAUACCUCCUUCCUUGUGCUAGAGCAUUGCCCGGCUCCACCAACUUUGUAGGCACCAGUGCCCAAGCUCAUCUGUUGGUGAUAAGUUUAACCACAACAUACGUUCACUGUACUUGUACAGUGGAGCCCUUUGUUAUGUUGUUAAAAUCAGUGUUGAAAUUAAGUGUUAAGAAAAUCACCAACAUAUUUUUAGGCUGCCAGCAAAAUUGCUGGCUGUGAGAAUUUGUGUGUGAGGUAAUUGUCAGGUCAACUAUGCCAUGGAUAUUGGGAGUGUACAUUUAUUCACAAUCCUUUGCUUAGGGCUAGAUUAAAUUUAAAAAAUUGCUUGCCCUUUAGCUGAUGUUUGCUGCAUGUAGCCCGGAACAGUUGCACAGACCUACCAACCCCCCUUAUUAUUAAUUACUUUAUUACACAAAUGUUGCUUGCCCUUUGCAAAGCUUUUAAUCUAAACAUUCCAGUCUGACGGCUUGCUGCCCUUGCCUGGGGCUAUUGGACAGCACUCUUGCAUUGCACUGUACAAUGUAUAUGCUACUCCAUUAACUAAUUUUGUUGGUUCAUUGUUGCAGCCCACAUAUGGCUUUAUUCAGUGUUGUGAGAGAGACCUGCGGAUUUUCUUCCAUUAUAGUCAAAUUAAUGAAGACCCUGAGGACCUGAAUAUUGGAGGUUAGGACAUUUAUGUUUUGUUUGCUUCACAUAAUAAUGUAGUCUAGUCUUACCUGAACUUUUGGAAGGUUGUUUAUAUCUACAUAUAUAGCAUUGAAAUAAAUUUUUGUCUUCACCCUAAAACAGCCCAUCGGUCAGGGCUGUAGCGCUUAUACUGAGUGUACUCUUCUCUGCACUUCCCUGUGGCUCUUUGGCUCUAUUUUUUUCUUAAACUGGGGUUUUAAUACCGUCUUUGAACUGAAAAAAAUAAUAUUGAAAGAAUAGUUAUGUACAUUUGUAAUGAGCCUUUUUCUGCUGUUUGACUUUGUUAGAUGAAAUGGAGUUUGAGAUUUCUUCAGAUCAAAGAACAGGCAAACCAAUUGCCUGUCGUGUGGUGAGGCUUGAAGCGGGAUCUGUGUCCUUCGAGGUAUGUCACUGGUAUCAACUAAUAAUUAUUUACAGCUCUUUUCCUUUAGUUAAAACAUGCAUGAAAAUAUUUCACUCCUAAAAGUUCAGGAGUUCAAAAAUUUUAGAAAUGAAUUUAAUUUUAUGUUGCAUGCUGAAGAAAAUGUCACUCUGUAGUAUUUUCCCGAUCUGAUGCAAGAUUAGAAGUAAGAAAUAUUUUACAUGUCUUCACUUUUGACUUUAUAAUUGACAGAUUAAAAGAGUAAUUUUUGAAAUAAAAUCGUUAUAGCUAACAACAUUCUCUUGGAAAUUGCCCAUAUCACCCCUUUUGGUCAGAAUGUUUGGCAUCUAUUUUUACUAGUUUUGUAAUGCUCCACACAGCCUGCCAGCAGAGCCUUUCCUUCACUUGUUUGAUUCCGGCCCACUCUUUGAAAGACUCUGCAUGAAUCAAGUAAAAUCUUAGCUGAGUAUGAGCUACUCAUUGCUGGAAUAAAGUUUUGAACCCAGGCCUGAUAUACAGCAGUGUGCUUGGUAAAGCGAGCACAGUUAUGACCAUUGAUUUAGCAAUAACUGCUGUUGGCACUCAGAAAACUAGUUUUAAUGAGAAAGAGCAAGAUUGACUAAUCUAGAACCUUGGAAUUCAAAAGGUUUGAUGCAAUGGACCAUUUUACAGUUGUGGGCAUAGUAUCCUAGCCUUUGACUGGACAUGAGGCUAAGGUUGACCUUUUUUGAAUCCAAACCUCUUUCUUUUUCUUAUGGAAAUUGUGCAUAGAAAAUACUAGUCAGCAUAAGAACAACAUUAUUUAAAUAAUAGAGUGUGAGGGUUUGUAUCAAAAAAAGAUCAACUCCAGCCUUUUUUUCACUUAUAACUGUAAAAUGGUUUAUUUAGGGAGUGCCUCCUUUUCAGCUCCUUUGCUCAAAAAGUCAAAAGUAGGUUCUGCUCGCUUUGUGUACCAUGCAGUGUAAUGGUUAAUGGCUUUCAUUUUCCUUUGUAUCCAUUCAUCAUCAUCAUAUGUGUUGUUUGGAUUUAGAUUCGAAGUGAAGACAAAGUGGUUGGAAUCAUAGAUGCUGAACCUAAACUAUCAUAUAAGAACCCUGUUAAAUCUGUGAGUAUGAUAUUAUGUGAUUAUAUAAAUAUUUUGCUUCACUAUAUCACAUAGUUGAUAUUAAGUGAAUAAAAGACAAUUUUUAUUUUGCCAUAAACUUUUACCUUUCUUGCUCGUGGAAUAUACUGUAUUCUUUGUGUUUGUUUUUUUCUUUAUUUGUUUCUUUUAAUUACAGCCUUCAAAUGGAUUUAUUGAUCCUGAAAUGGGUCGAGUCAGCUAUGAGAGAAAUGGGGUAAGUAGAAUCACUAGGAACUUACAUUUCUGUGUAAGUCUGAAAAUUGUAUUUGGAAUCACAGCAAAUGGCUGCUUAAUGGGUUUGGCAUCUUUCUGACCAUCAGAAAUUAGCAUAAUUUUUGUUAGAUAAGUUUUUUGAGACGUCCAGUAGCGCAGUCUCCUCUGUAUACAUACACGUACACCUUAUUCCAAAAUGGCGGCAAUACUACUUUUCUUUCAUGGUUACGUUAAUUAGCCCUCUUUGCCUUGAUUGCACCUACUGAAUUCAAAAUGUGUUUUACUCGGAAAGGAUGCAAUGUAGCUAAAAAAAAAGAAUUGCCACUGUAUGCCCACAAUGACACCAUUUUGAGUCCUACAUUCAAAUUACUUCUCAAAGUAUAUGAUACCAGCUACUUGGGAAUAAUAAAAAUGUACAUUGUAUUGCAAUGCUGUCAAAUUGACUGAUUGUUGGUUGUGCUACAAAGGCUUUAUUUUGUUUAUCACGAUGUUGAUUACAAGUCAUUUAAAGUACAAUUUUCUUUUUUCAGGAAUAUUUCUAUCUAUCAUUCUCCCCAAGUGAUGUUUGUACUUCUGGUACUCCCCUGCACAAGGGAGAUAAAGUUGAAUUUUAUGUAGCUACAGACAAGAGGUAAUGAUAAAAUUAGUUUUGUCAGGUUUUGUCAAGCAAUAAGUUCUUUUCAUGAGAACCGUAGAGAUCGCAUGGGGAACAGUAUGUGAGAAAUGUGAGAGUUGAAAGGGUUAAACGUUAAGGUUGACUCUGUACCUUUAGCCUGCAUCGCGGAUGUAGUCUGUGCAGGCUUGUGUACCAUCUGCCUACCAAAAGUUUGUUCAUACAGCUCAAACAAAAGUGAACUGUACUCAUACUCUUAUAGUUGUGUUUAAAAGCUUGCUGUGCUGGAAUGUUUUUCUUUUCUUUCUUUUCUUUCAUCUUUGGUUGCUUACAGAUAAUUUUCCUGAAACCUUAGGAAAAGAUGCACAUCUACUGUAGGAAAAAUGCGUCUUGAAAAUGCAUCAGUGAAGCAAGUUUAGAUUUUUUAAAACAGUGCUGUUAAUACUUGCAGUUGGUAUUUAGGUUUUUCUGAAAAUGGUAUCUGAUUGAGGAGUACUCUAACAUUUUCUGUGUUAUAAUAGAACAGGGGUUGUCAGAGCUCGUGAGUUAGCCCUUUUGGAAGCAGCAGAAACUGAGAAGUGCCAGGUAAACAAAGAAAAAAAUAAUAAAUGAUACAAGUAACAUGUGAGUAGAGUGCCACAAAAUAUACUGUACAUGCACAGACCAGUACAUUUGUAUGACUCAGGGGUCAGAAAAAAACCCUGUCUGGUAAUCCUGAACAAGUAGAAGAAAUACUUUUACAGAAAUGUAACUAAAUUUUUUUUAAAGAUACUUUAUUUAGUCAGUGCUAAAACUAUAUACGUAAUUAUUAUUCUAAAGCACUAAUAAAAGCUGACAAACACUAACACAUGACAAACAUUAUACUCAUAGAAAAUGAAAAUAAAACACUGCAUUCACUGUAGAAACUAAUUAACAAAAGUCUGUAGAACCUGCUUAAAACCCUGAACAGCCUGGAUACUUAAUGUUAGCUAAGGGAUGGACCAUUAGAAAAGUUAUGGGGGGGUGGGGGAGAAUUUUCGAGCCACAGGAAUUUUUUUUGUCAUCAAAUUCCUUGUAAGAAUUUUUUUAGGCUGUAGAAUGAGUAUUUUUUUUUGAUUAAUUGGCGUGCAUGAAUUUUUUUUUCAUUUAAUUUUCCCUUGCGCAAAUAGUUUUUUUGUACUUCGCCUGCCCGCCCCCAUAAGUUUUCCAUCCCUAAAGGAAGAGUGUCCCAUAGUGAGGGGCCGACAUGAGCAAAGGGCUUGUCCUUAAGGCUCGUGCACUUUGUUUUAGGGACAGGAAAGGAUCUUAAAUUGUAGGAAUCACUCUCCAUUCAGUACAACUUUGUGCAUUUAUUGUUUUUAGAUCUUUCAUGAUUAUUAAAGCUGAAAAGUUUUUAUGAUGCACUAGAUUUUAUGCUUUUUAAUGAGCUUAUUGUUCUUAACUUAAAGAAUAAUUUAAAUUUUAAGCCUUGCUUUAAAGUUGGAAACUUUAACUAAUUUAUUAAUGUUUGACAUUCCUCAAAUCUAGUUUUGUAUGUGUGGAUAUUCAUCAGUUGCUGUGUUAUCUUUAGUCCUGUCUCAUUGAUGUUUUUUUCUUUUGAAAGGGAGUUGUUUCAUCAAUGAAAGAGUCAUUUGGAUUUAUUGAGAGGGCAGACAAAGUCAGUGAGGUGAGAUUCGUGAAAGUCAAUCCAAUUUUCAAUAAAUACAGUCAAACUCUGCUGUAGGGACACCUCGUUAUUACAGAGAAUUUUUUUGUCCCUGGGGAAAGCUGUUACAUUUUUUCUAAAUUAAACCCAUUUAAUAUGGACACCCAUUUAUGUGGACAACAGACACUUGUUUCUUGCCCGAGGAACAGAUUCUCAUACAUGUAGAAAGUUAACCUCGCUGAUGCAGACACUUUAGUAGUAACUUUGUGUUGUAAUAACCUUCUUGAAGAUAAAAAAAAUCUUCAGUUGAGAGCAUGUGGAUGUUCCCAGUGCUACAGUACACCGAAUAUGAUGAUUUGUAGAUGUGUUGUAGUUUUUUAUCUCAAGUAGUUUUUGUUUUUAUUUUAUUUUAACUUCAUUAGCCUACAUUACCAUACCCAAAAACAAAAGAAAAACAAAAAUAAUUACAGCUGUACCUGAGAUAAAAAAUUAACUAUGACAUAGACGUCAAUUUCAGCCUAUUUUCAAGCAUCAAAUUAGUUGUACAGAGAACAGCUUUGAUUGAUAAUAUAAGUAUAUAAAUGAGCUUUUUUUUUAGUGUUUCCAUUGAUUAAUAAUAUUAGUAUAUAAAUGAGUGUUUUUUUUAGUGUUUCCAUGGACUAAGUCGACGGAAUGAUGACUUUGUGAAAGUCAGAGAUGUUUAAUUUGAUGAUGCUAAUGUCCUUUCUAUUUCUUUGGUAUUUUGUUCUAAUAAAAGAUGUUUUUUGACUUUAAUAGCAUGAUCCAAAACAGGAUUAAUGUUUUUUUGUUUCUUGCAGAUUUUUUUCCAUUACAGUGAAUUCAGUGGAAAUGUUACUGAACUCAUGUUGGGAGAUGAUGUUGAGUUUGGAAUACAAACAAGAAAUGUAUGUGACAGAAACGUACAUGUAUUAGAAUUAAUCUAAUAAUAAUUAUCAAAGCAAAUUAUCUCUUUAUAUUAUACAUGUAAAUAAAAUGUGCUCAAGUAAAAUUAAUGCAAUCAGUAAUAAAAAACAAUAUUCAAUGAGGAGAACAUUUCUAUAAGAACUGCAAAUAAUUUUGACUCCAUUUUUGUCAAACAAAACAAAAAUGUGGUUGGAUUCAAUCAAGGAAGCCUUAUGCGUCGUAAAUGAAAAUAUUGCAUUGUAGGUGAAGGACUCACAGGUAGACUGAUUACUGCUGGCUAUUCACUGCAACCAAAAAUGAUAAUUCCUGGUGUUAGCUUUUUUUGGAUGUCAUGUGCAACUGCUGUUAUGAUUAACUUGUUUAUGAGUCAGUUGUAGUCAGUUAUUGUCCAGUGAUUAUUUUCAUCUCUGUCUUUAUGAAUUGUGUUCAUCAUCAUUAUCUAUUUAUUCAACAAAAGGUGAACAUCAAUUGAAUUACAGAUUGUUUUAUUUUACACUGUCCCCCAAAAAUAUCUAUAAAAAUUUAAAAAGUGGCUCUUGUCAAAAAUAACAUUAACUGUCUUGCAGGGUAAGGAAGUUGCUGUACGUGUGGAAAAGUUACCUGAAGGCACAGUGAAAUUUGAAGAUGUCAGCAGUGUUAGAUAUCAGGGAACUGUGGACCGGCCCUUGAGUAAAUCUGCCGCAAAGAGGCAGCAUGAUCCAUUACAUGGAAAAAUUGUCUACACUCUGCCUGAUAAUGAAGAUAUCGAGGAGGAGAUUGUUUUCUCUGAGAGAGACUUGCAAGGAGACUUUUCCUUGAGGGCUGGAGACUUGGUGGAAUUCAAUAUUGCAGUAGGUGGGUUAUAAACUCCUGGGACCCAUGUCUCAAUCAAAAUAGCUAUUUUAAGCAAUGUUAUUAUUGCCGUUUGGGUGAUUAGCCAUAGUUUGGGAAAAUGUUGAAUCUAUACUUAUGCUUUUGUUUUUUAGCUUCGCACUAGCCCUUCUUACCUCUUAAGCGCCCAUGGGUGGUAUUUUUUUUUAACAUAAUAUGAAGUUGGUUUUUGCACAUCAGACUCAGUAGCUGCUGGAUUAGUCUUCAGUAACUGUUGUAUCACUUUGUUGAUUCAUUAGUUUGUGGUUAAAAAUGAUACAUUUUUUGCCAGUAAAUGUCUAGCUAUUGUACAUUAUGGGUUCUCUGACAAUUUUUUUUUCUGUCUUAUUAUUUAGAUCGCCGCGACUCACUUAAAAGAGCUGCAAAUAUCAGCUUGGUUGAUGUAGCAGAAGCAGAUGAAGGAGAAAUUAGAGAAAUGGUACUUACUUAAAAGUUAAUUAAGUCCGUAAUUAUUAAAUUUUCCAUCGAUUUACAGGUAAUGGUCCAAGAUUUCUUACUAUUUCUAUACUAUUGACCACAUGUUGGAUGUGUGUAUUCCUAGGGUGUUGUGGUGUCAUUAAAGGAAGGAUUUGGUUUUAUAAAAUGCUGUGACAGAGAUGCUCGGAUGUUCUUCCACUACAGUGAACUUCUUGACUCCGUAAGAGACAAGCUCUUAUACUAAUAUUAAUUUUUGCGACUGACUGUUGAAUUGUAGUAUGGAUUUAUAUUUAUGUUUAUUAACUAUGGGGCUCCGCAAGUAUUUUGGAUAUCAGUAAUGAGUGUUGUGGGUUUGUACUUGUGACCGCAGGUAAUUAUAGGGCGUGGUAUUAAUUUUGCUUAGUGGCGUUAACAUUUUCAAACCCAGUCUAAGGUGUAAGUGUUUUUUCCUCUGACAAGACCUACACUGCAUAUUUAACUGUGAGUCUAUGCAAUGUUUGUCUCUCCCAUGACCUACAUUAUUGCCAGAAUAAUAAUUGUUUUCCCAAGAAAGUCUUCCUAAUUUGAAAUCGUUAAAAUUUCUAUGUAAUCUUAUGCACCUAUCAAUGUAAACCCCGUGGGGGGGGAGUGCGGGCAAGGGGUGGGGAUUUGACAAAUUUUAAAAUUUUUUGAUCAAAUUCCCCAGGGUGGGAAACGAAAGAUCAAUCAAAAGUGUCAAAAGAGACCCCACCCCAGGGGAAAAAAUCUAAACAAACAAUACUAUAAUACUAUAUAAAACGAAUAAAGAAACAUUUCAAAAGUACAAUCUUACUACUUUUAUUUAAGGUUAACGUAAGCUCCGUUAAGUUACUUGCUGUAAUUAAGUAUUUUCUCUCUCCACUAGCAUUUCUUAUUUUGAACAACAAAAUCACUCAAGGAAGACUGACCUUGCUAUAAUAAUAUUAAUGAAACGUAAAAUGCUUUAUAACAUCUGGUCAACAUGUCGGAUCAGUGACUCGAAAAAAAUCCUCUGACUUUCAUGGUGGAAUUCGAUUUCAAUCGAGUUUUACAAUCAGAUGGGAACUUGAAGAUAAAAACUUUCUUACAAUAGACAUUAUAGACAGUUUAAAGUAUCGGAUUAUGGCGAUUAAAACAAAUGAAAACUUCAUACCUUUCUCCAACAGCGUGACGUUCAGAAAGCCUCGAGGAACGGACCUGGUAACCGCUUCUGAACUGAUACCAGGAAUACCAGGCUUCUGUCGGUCAAAGUCAAAUGUCCCGACCCCGGGGUCGCUUCACAUGAUCAAAAGCCCGACAGCGGGAUAGUCUCAGGCAUCAAAUCCCCUCCCCUUGCCCGCACUCCCCCCCCACGGGAUUUACAUUGAUAGGUGCAUUACUGGUUGUUUUACAUCAAAUUCACUAAUAUUUUUGUUGUAAUGAAGGGUUUGAUGUGACCAAGUUUAACAAAAUGGCCUAUUUUUAUGCCUGGAGUCAGUGUUCAGUUAUUUGCAGUAAAGUAUUUAAUAUAAAAAUUGUAAGUUAAAAGUGAAUGUCUUUGCAUAGUAUUUUUAAACUCUCUUGAUAGGCACACCAGAUUCAAGUUGGUGAUGAAGUGGAAUUUGCAAUUUCAGAGGUUGGUUAUGCAUGUUUCUUAACAUCUAGAGUUUUUCUUCUCUAGUGGCACAAACGUGUUUAUUUUAAAAGUGUUCCAUUCAUGUAAUAACCAUGAUUACUUGAACAAGUGCCCAAUUUAUCAACCUACUUAGUGCAUUUUGCUGUGUUUGUUAGGACAUGUCUGCUAUUAAACGUCUGCAUGCUAUCAGAGUAAGAGUUGUACCCAAAGGGACCAUUCAGAUGGAGGUAAGUUGAAACAAAGUUGCAUUUAAGAUUGCUGCCAAUACUGUAACAUACCAAGACAUGUACCCUUAAAUUUGAAUGAAUUUAAUUCAAUAUAUUCUUUUACAGAGUGUAUCAUCCCAAAUAUAUAAAGGUUAUGUUGAACGAGAGCCAUGUUAUAGCAGCCGCAGUCCCAGAAAGGAUAGCAAUAGGUGAGUUAUAUUCUGUAGUACAGCUGUAAUCUUGCUUUACUAAAUCAGACACAUAACAUGUAUUUGAUGAAAACCACUUGAACCAGCUUUAACCACUCCUUAAAGUGUCCAUCACCUAAAAUUUUUGAUUUUCUUUUCUGAAACUAUACCUUAUUAAAAUAACUUCUGCGAAAAAAUUUUGCGAUUUGAACAAAAGCCGAUUUUUUUACAAUUUUUUGAAGUCUACAUUUUUGCAGUACACUCGCGCUGCUGAUCAUGCAAACUAGCAAGCUCACAUAUGACGUCAUGUGACAUAAAUUAAGGAACUCGCAUUACCUUGCCUUCACCGGCUGUACACAAAAAAGAUAAAUUUCAAGUAAGGAUUGAAUCACAAUGUCUUCGUAAGAAGAAAGUUUUUCUGAAAAAGAAAAACCUAUCAGAACUCUUAAUGUUUUCCUGUCGAUAAGGUCACGUGUUCCUUAAAGUACGUCAUACUCCGAGAGAAGACUAAGACGAAUGGUGUGUAAAAUGGUGGCAAAUUUGAACGUUUUCAAAAAAUUGUAAAAAAAUCGGGUUUUGUUCAAAUCACAAAAUUUUUUCGCACAAGUUAUUUUAAUAAGGUAUAGUUUCAGAUAAGAAAAUAAAAAAUUUUAGGUGAUGGGCACUUUAAAAGUUCUGUCCCUUAACCACAAUGACAGUGCCUCUCCUAACGCAUUUCCCCUCAAUUUGCUACCAAACAAAAACAUUUCAGUUGACCAGGGUGGAGUAAAUGCCACAUUUAAUGUCUUUGUCAUCUUUUCUCCUUUUUUUCCCCUUCCUUUUCCAUUAUUUGAGGUUGUCUCCCUGUUCUGUUGGCUAAAGCCAAAUAAUUUAAACUUCCAGGGAAUUUUUGCUAAGAGUACACUUUGUUUUACAGAUUGUAAUAAUGUAGCUAAGAGCUUGAUGCUUCCUUAAAUAGUUGAUAAUUAUACAUGUUCUAUAACUUUACCAACACUACUGCAAAAAAAGUGUUGUCAAAUUGUUUUGUAGAGAGAGUGAGUCUGGCCUAAUCAGUUGCUGCAUCAAUGGAGCAAGAGAAACUCUGCCAUUUGAAAUCAACAGCUUUGAUUUGAGAGGGGCAACACAGUUUGGAGACAUGGUAAUAAGCUAUGACUAUUUACAAAAUUAUUGACAGUGAUUUAGAGAAAAAUAAACAUGCAAAAACUAACUAGGUAAUGUUCUGAUGUUUCGGUGACCUCAUUAUGCCGUUAGCUAAAGAAUUGGAAACUAAAUACGUGAGAGUUCAAAGUGAGUGAAGUACUUUAAAUCUGCAUAAAUUAAGUAGAGCUAGAUAAAGACUUAAGCAUGGAUUCUAAUUCCAUUGGCAUUGUAGUGGUUUAACAGCUGUACCUAAGGAAUACACUAAAUUAAUUUGAAUGAAAUGUUGUUUUCUUAAUGUUUCUAAGGUGGAGUUCAAUCUGUCUCAAAGUCAAAGAACUGGUUUCAGGAAGGCUGUGAAUGUGACUGUUGUGAAGAGAAACAGUGAAGUAAGACACAAGGUAAGAUAAUAAUAUUUUAUCAACAGAGAUAAAAUGUGUCUUACUUGUAGUUACUGUAAUUUAGCUUGUUAUGUUUAUGAGAACACGUCCAUUUAUAAUCAAGUCAAUGGGUCCCAAUUUCCUGAGAGUGACCUACUCCAAUCUUGUCCAAAACAAUUAUUUUAACCAUACACCCUCAAGAAAGGUUGGGAGUUUUGAUGAAGUAAUCACCAAAGGAAAACUGCUUUGAUCCUUCUCAAAUUCUAUCAAUUAUUGCUUUAAGGAAUAAGAUUGUGAGAUCAGCCUGAAGAAUUUGCAUAUUAUGGAUACUGGGGCUUGAAGGGUUAUAUUUUCACUGAAGAAAAACCCCAGUAUGACAUGAAUUUUCUUUUUUUUUCCUACCAACCAGCUACUGUAAUUUAACAGAGAAGUCAUGUUCUUUUAAUAGACCCUUGCACAUGAUGAUUGUGAAUAUGAUUGUGGCUAACAAAUCCUACUCAAAAGUUUUUGUCAUUAGAGUUUUGGGGCCAUGUGUUUCAUUAACAUUAACAGAGUUGAUUUGUCAAUCAUGUCAAUUGACUGCCAGACAACGUUAAUUUUUUAAGGGAUUUGUUGCUACACUAAAGGAAAACUUUGGCUUUUUGGAAACAUCAGAACAUGACAAGGAAGUGUUUUUUCACUACAGGUAUGUAUCAGAUGUGCACUAAAAAUAAAUAGAUAAUUUAAUUGAUUAAUAAAUGAAACCAAAACUACUUUGUAAGUCAAUAAAUUAAACAAUAUUUGGCAUAUAAACGUGCCUUAGAAUUAUUCUACUGUCUUGUAAGCCGUAAUUUUUUCAACAGCUGCAGUUAACCUCUAAGCAACCCCCAAAAUGCAAAUCUUUGGGGUUUUAGGGAGUGGUCUGGAGACGUCUACUGUUUGGAAGAAAAUUUAUUGCAAACAAAUUAUUUCUAAUUGACAGUAAGUUAUGUGUUGUUUCAUGUUGUCACUAUAAGUUUUUUAACUGGCCAGCCGGGUCUGACUUUUGGUAACUGCCUUAAAAUAGACUCAUUAAAUAAUUCAAUAGACCCUUUCACGGUUUUUUCAACUUUUGACAUGGACAAAAAUGAGUGAAAUUGCUAAGUUCAGGGUUGUCACUAAGAUUUCAAGUUGCCAGGUAAAUACAACAAGUAGGCGGGGAAUCAAACGGCUAGGGAUUUUUGUUCUAUUUUCCAAUAAAAGUAGCCGGGGGCCACUCUCUGAGUACCUCCAGCUCUUAAUGACAACCCUGCUAAGUUUGAAAGUGAUAUGUCUCAAACGAGCAAAGAUAUUAUAUAGCUUUGAGAAAAUUUACUGACAUUUAAAUGGUGGGCAAGUUUGUGCCCCCCACCACACAAACGUCUGUAAAAUUUUGCAACUUUGAGAAGCUAUAUCUUUGUUAGUUUCGAACAAAUCACCUUCAAACUUGGUAAUUUUAUUAAUUUAAUCUGCGCUCUUUAUAGUGGAGUUGACAGAUUUUCACUAACUCAUCCAUGUCAAAGGCUGAAAAAAAAAAAACCGUGGGAAGGUCUAAAGCUCUUGAGAAAUCUCCACAGUCAAAUUUCCACCUCCAUUACAGUGAAUAUGAUGGUGAUCCAAACGAGCUGAUACUUGGUGAUGAGAUGGAAUAUACAAUCAAAUGUAAAAAUAGCAAAGUCAGUGCAGAAAGGGUUGUUAAGCUGCCGCAGGGGACAAUUGUUCGGGAGGAUAUUCUACCAGAAGUUUACAUUGGACGAGUGCUCAGGUCUCUAAGAAGGGCUGAUCCACAGGUGAGUAAAGUGCUUUUCUAAACCUUUUCCUGGUCUGGCCUCGGUUGUUGGAACGUUGGAUAAAUUUCUAUCCAGUGGAUAAGUGUAAUGGAAAACCACUUGCGCUAUCCAGUAGAUAGCAUUAUCCACCUUUCUAACAACUAGUCCCUGAACUUCAGCUUAUGACAAAACAAAGUUACUGAGACUUGUCUGCAUAGCUGUAGACAGUAAAUAUGUGUAUUUGUUGUUCUUCGGAAGCAAGAAAUAGAAAAAAGAAGGCAGUUAUGUGCACCAUGUACAGAUGUAGGGCAUCAGUUUUUAACUAGUUAACUUCAGGCAAGACAAUUUAGGACAGACUUGACUUUAAAACUUCUUAGCAAGAAAAUGAAAUUGAAUAUGGGGCAGUGUAUGAGUAUGAUGCUGUUUAACCCUUUGACACAUCAAUAAAUUUGGUGACUCAAAACGGCUUGGAAACUAAAAUUUCGAGGAUGUUUUUGGACUUUUUACAUUUAGGGCAUGAAUUUAUCGUCAUUUCAGGCCAUGGAACCUAAAAAUGAGCCUAGCUAGCUGUAAAAAGGGGCAAUAUGGAGGCAAUACGUCCUAGCAGGCAUGAUCACAUGCUGUUUACGGAAAAUUCCCUCAUCCAUGUCUGGAAAUUCUGUAUUUUAAAGCCUCCCCUAGGGCAUGACUCAGCAACUGAGGACAUUUCUGCUACGUUUUCAAUGUUGGUUAGCAUGCAAGGAUUUUUCCCAUGCCUAUCGUCAAUGAUUUGCUCACUGGUAAUAGAGGGGGUGGCCCCAGAGUGGUUUUGCAUUGAAAUUGGCAUGCAACAGAAUUUCGCAUGCCCUGUAAGCAUAAUUUGAGGUUCCGUGACCUUCUCACCCAUGCCGCGAGAAGCCUAGGUUCUAGUAAUAAGUAACUCAUAGCCAGCAAAAUCUCCGGCAUGCCGGGCAUGCCAAAUUUUCUGGCAUGCCCGGCAUGCCAAAUUCUCUGGCUUGCCGGGCGUGCCAUAAUCUGGGUCAUGCCGGGCAUGCCAAAAUCGGUCUCUGGCAUGCUCUCAACGCACAGGUUAUAAUUCCUUGAAUCUACAGAUAUUUUAAGCCUGGCUAAAAAAAAAAAAACUAAACAGAUCACAGUGCUUAUCGUUUGAUGUACGGUUACACGAUGACGUCAUUGCUAUUCCUUUCAUUUUCAUAGAUUUGGUUGUCCCAGCGAAGUUUAAAUAACAAAAGCUCUAAUUUUCACAAGAAAGAAAAACCCUGAGGGAUUCUGCCGUAGUAAUAAAACAGCGUCAUCGUGGAGAUGACCUGUUGGGGGAUUGUAAAAACUGCUCACCCCCGGUCUUUUAAUGAGUCUUUAAUAGGAUUCCCAUUUCACAUUGCGAAUAAAAUGGAAUUGACUGAAAUCAGUAAAAAGAGAGACAGAGACUAUUUUCAUUGUAUAAUAAAAUGCAUCUAUGUUCCAUGAAAGCUUUUAAAAAUACAAGGUUAUAGAAUAUCUUUCAAAGUUCAUUACAAACUGAGCUAUUAGCCCCAAAAUCACUGUUCAUUAUUCAGUAAAUUAUGAUGUUUGACAUUGCAAUGUGCUUGAAUAUAACGUUGCAAUUACAAAUCUCUCUAACGCAAUUUUCCCUACGUUAGAAAAGCUGUUUUUAUCUUGUUUCACAUUUUGAUAAGGAGUCUGAGUUCCUCUUUCUUGUUUUGUAGGCUUGCCAGGGAUUAAUGUUUUUGUGUCAUUACCAGUGUCUGUGUUCUUUGUUUUUAACUCAAAGUAAGUCAGUAAUAACUGACAGUAUCAAAGAAUUGCUCUCUAGAAAAGUAAUUAUCUCCUCGUCAUGUCUGGAAGUUACCUGUAACAAAAAAGAAAUGGAAUGUUAACACAUGCAAGGGCAAUAUGAAAAAAAGAAAUAGAACAUGUAGAGCUCAGCUUCUCUUAACAUAUUUUCAUACUGGCUUGUUGAGUCUGUUAAAGGUCGCAACUAAUUGUCUGAGGCUAAUUUCACAAGAGUGUGCAAUUGAGAUAAAUACAUGGUAAAUAAAGUGAAAGAAACGUGGUUUCACAUUAGCCAAUUUACAUUGCGCUGUUCGAUGAUGUUUACACGCUUUUCUACUGCGAAAUAAACCUUUGCAUUUGGAUUUGCAAGUCAAGAUUAUACCGAGUUUGACUGACACUUAAUUGAACAACAGUUUCAUUUUUAAGCAGGCAAUUGGGGUGUAGACCCAUAUAAAGCCGGAAUAUGUAAAGGAAACUCAGCGAAAACUUUUUCGCAUCUUUUUGUGGCGAUAUUCUUUCACGGCCCGUCAACUGAUUAGGGGUUGCGAAGAAAAAAUAAAUUAGGACCAAAGGUUAAAGCCUGUCCGGUUACAUCAUUUCGUAUGUUACCUAGAGUUCUAAUAAAUAGGUCAUAAAAUAGGAUUUAACGAGAGCGAAUUUGUUUCUCAAUCGGUGUAUAAAAAAGUGAGGCUAUCAAAUGAGAAGUUUAUAGAGUAUCAAAAUUAUUAAAUUAAAAGCUCAUUUAAUUAGGAAAAUUCCUAUACGAAAACAAUGCUAGUGACAUUAAAUUGAUCAGAUAAAAUUCUCAGAAAAUAUGUCCAAUAAAAGCCUCAUUAUUUGCUUUUGUUUUUGCGUAAAGGUAAAUUUUUCGGCCCACAAAGCAAAGUUGAAAAAGCGACUAAAUCUUAGUUUUUUACAUUGAACAUGUUUAUUAGCUUAGUUUUCGUCCGUUUUAAAAGCUUUAUAACCCAAUCAUAAUUUUCGGGUUAAAAUAUUACAAAAUCAUUUCAAAAACCAUGUUCAUUUAAAGUAGAGCCGGCAAACCUGAACAUUUUGUAAUUCAAAAGUCGGACCCAGCCAGGUUGUUUAAGCUUAGAAUUAUUUGCAUUUUAGCGUCCUAUAAAUUUACCAGAAUCGCCUCUCAGAGGCUUACUGUAGCAAAGCAUUUUGUAGUACACUCGUAGACAAGCAAUGUAAGCCUUAAGUCUUUGCUUGGAUGAGAUGUCCAAAAGAAAAAUUAGUUUUGUGGACCUAAACGCACAUUCACAGACUGCUUAUAUUGAGUUGUUUACAACUUUGCAUUGACACGCGCAGCAUGUUCAUUUUUUUAAAGCGAAAUCCAAAUCUGAUUUUGGCAUUUGAUUUACGGAUAUUUUAUUUUGUCUCCAAAAGUGAUUGUAAUAUCCGUUUGAUUGUCUUUCAAACAACAGUCAAACUAUGCAGCAAAAAUAAGUAACUUUACCAGUACAGUGGAAAAAUAUGACCGUAGGUGCCAAAAAUAAUUAUACUCGAGCUAUAAAAUUAGAACUGACUUUUUUUAGCUUUGGUUUCUUAUUUUUGAAGUUUUCUCUAGUCUUCUUAGCAGCAGAAGAAGAUUACAAGACAUACAAACAGAAACAAUCCGAAGUGAACAAGUUGACAACCACUUAUGCCGGAGUUCUUAGGCAUGCUCAACAGCAAGAUAAACUGAAUGCCAAAAGGAUAAUUCACGGGAUUUGUUCGAUAUUCAGGCUUUUUCUUUACCAAAUUAAUACUAAAUUUGUACUUACAGUCUCUCGCAGAAUCCAUUUCUUGUCCAGCAUUCACCAACAUCUCAACCAUGCACCGCAGAAAAAAAAGACAAACAAGUGCGAAGAGACAUGACGACAUCGUGACGCCACAACUGCCACGCUACAACAAACUAGAUUCCUCGUCAUCCGCGAAAACACUUCUGCGGAAAUUCGGCCGAUUUCGUGCGUGCUCGGGGUAUCUUCGGAUGACGCAGAUGACGUUGCUCAAAGGACUAUCGUCAGCAAGGAGUAAAACAGUUUGCGAGAUUCGCAUAGCCGACAAGGAGCGCACUGAAAAACUAAGCAAAAUCUCUCUGAGAAGGCAGUCCAAAUUCACCAAAUCAGAACGUCUUUGCAGUAUUAACGUCGUACUCUCGUACUGACUUGAACGACCUGGUAAGCUUCAUUUUCACCAGUCUUUUAAUGCUGUUGACCGGGAAACAUUCCGACACGAUAAAACUUAAGCAUGGAUAAGUUUAUACUGAGAAGAUUUGUUAUCUUAUUGUUUAAGACGCUUUUCCGCGAUCAAAUUUAAAUGUGGACCCAGAAAUGUCAGUAUCGGUUUGAAAUAAAAGGAUUAAUCUUUGAUUGCAAGUUAAGUAUUCUAUUUUAUGUAUGAAUAAUGUUGUUUUGUUGUGCUUUUUAUUUAUAAAUCCAGGCUUCUGUCUUCAGUUUUGCCAGUCGAUCCCGUGACACACAUUGUGACAAACAUGACUUUUUUUGUUAUAAUCUGCAUUUAUUGCCAGGCAUGAAACCUGUAACUUCAAGCUCCCUAAGAUAUAUUUGGCGAUUAUAUGUGAUUCUCAGGAUAUGAUGCUGAAGCGAACAUCAAAAUCAGUCUCGCUGGGCAUGCCAAUUUCUUGCCUGGCAUGCCGGGCAUGCCAAACCAACUGGCUUCACCAUCGGCAUGCCCGGCAUGCCAAACCAGAGGAGCUAAAACUGGGAAUGAAUUAUUAACCCGGCGAGAGAUCUGGGACCUAAGUUUAGCUGGGUCAAUUUUGGGCUGCGAGGGCAUGAACCCAUUUUUUCCAUGCCUAUGAGAUGUUAUUUCUAAGUACCAAUGUUCCCUUGAAUUUUGUCAUGCCUAAAUAUAUAAAAUUUUCCCUCUCUCAUUAAUCCUCAGACUGGAUGCGAUUUUUACGCUCGCUAAGCAUGUUCAACUGAAAAUCAUGCCCAUACCCUUAUUCAAAACAAAAUGCUAUCGAAUUUUAGUUUCCAAGCCGUUUCAACCCUCCAGGUUAAAGUUUUUGCUUGGUCGCCAUUUGGCGACAAACUCUUUAGGUUUAGGGAGACUUUUUUACAAAUCAAGUCACCUGCUUCAAAAUUCUAGGUGCCAUGGUGAUUAAAAUGGUCAUAACUUGGAGGGUUGUGACUCAAAUUUGAAAUAGACUUAACAGGGAUAAUGUUUUAGGAUUUAGGAAGUCGUGGAAUUUCAGACUGAAGCUGGUAAAGUUAGCAUAGCAGUCCAGUCAAAACUGAAGGCAUUCAAAUUUUUAUUAUUGAACUUGUACUGUGCAAGUCCAGUUUAUUACAUACUUGUAUGUUACUUUUGCAGCAAAUAGAGUAUGCUGGGUUGAUUGAGCGCAUCACAUCUGAAGGUCCAGAUAGUGAAGAGGAGAAUGGCGUGGAAACAGAGAAGGAUGAUGAAUUGUCAUUUUCUGUUCAGUAUGGCAUCACAAGUUUAGUGGAUAAAAAGACAGUCCUGCAGCCAGGCGAUAAGGUAUGCAUAUCAAUCACAUCACUUUUAUUUAUGUGAACUUUAGUUUUAUAUUCCUGGCUGUAUAUCGUGUCAGUUCUAUUAUAGUUGAGUUUAUGUCAAAUUAAUACGGUAAAACGUUAUAAAUGCACUAUUCUUUAGCAAACUCUACUACUGUUCGUCCGUUUUACAGCAUGUUUAAAACUUUGCAGCUACAUUGUAGGAUCAUAACCCGUUCGUGUAAAUUUGAGCACGUCAUUCCUGUUCUUAGAGAACUAAAACGUCUACCUGUCGCAUCCAUGCUUGUCUACAGGGAUGGCAUACUGGCUUUUUAAGUGCUUAAGGGGAUUGGCUCCAGACUAUCUGGCUAAAAAAUGUAAAACGAGGUCUGAAAUUCACAACAGAGACACGCGCAACGAGAAUAAGAUUGACAUUCCAGGGUACAGAACUGCCCCAGGCCAAAGGACAUGUUGAAAUGCUGUGCCUGCCAAAAUUACCAAAAAUACGGGCUCCCUGAUAAAAGAUGUUCUAUCGUCUUCAUAACUCGUCCGGAGAAUUUUUCUUUAUGGGUAACCAGGCAUCAAGUAUUGACUAAGCAUAAAAUUGACCAAAGAGAUCAAUAUCUUUAUGACAAAGCCCCUUUAAACAGAGAUCAAGAGUUACGUUUCGCUUUUUUAACUAGUUGAGCACAGAAAUAACAGGUUAACUUUUUUUCCAUUUAACAUUACUUUAGGUCCGCUUUCAGCUGGGCGUGGAUAAAAUCACUGGGAAAGAGAGAGCCAUGAAAAUAGUCAGCGUACGUCAACGCGUGCGAGCACGUGUUGAGUCAGUCAAAGGCCAGGUUUGUUUUCCUUCAGCAUUAUUAUUUACGAGUACGUGAUUUUGAAAAACAUGAACUUGGUUUAUCAACUUAGUAAGACGUUGCUAAGUGAAGUCUUCAAAACGUAGGUAAUGGAAAUAAAGUAUUACUCGCGAGAAUUUGCUUAUGUUUUGUUUUUGUUUUGCUCAGUUCGGUUUCAUUGCUUAUGAAAACGAAGAAGGAAAGAAUCUCUUCUUUCACAUGAGUGAAGUGGAGGGUGAUAUGGAACUACAGGUAACCAUAUUUUGGUUUACGUAAUGUUGAUUGUAUUUUUUUUUGUUCCUAUCCAUAUUCCAUGCUGUUUUAUUGAUGUUGCAGCUAGAUAUUUUAUUAUUUGAUGUAUUUCAUUAGUUACUUCUUUGUUUUAAUUGUUACAUCUAGGUUCUUAGCUUUUUGCCAUAUAUCUUUUUAUGAGCUUAAACCAAUGUUAAACAUUUUUCUAAAAUCAUCCUUUUUCCCCACUUCAGCCAGGAGACGAAGUUGAAUUUGUCGUUGUCCAGAAUCAGAAGACUCGUAAAAUGAGUGCUUGUAGCCUGAGGAAAAUGUGGUUAGUGCAAGAUAUAUAGUGGCUGUCCAUCUUUUUACUUCUGUCCCUAAUCAAACAUGGAGACACUUAAAAUGUAUCAAAUGUUUUGAGUUGAAAAAAAUUCAAGAAAAUCAUCAGUGAAGUAUUAUGGGAAAGCAAAUGGUAUCGAGGGUGCUAAAGAUUUCAUCUCCAACUCGAAGCCAGCGCUUCAGUAAGCUGGUACCCUCGGAAAGCAGAAAAGCGUCCUUCAUUUAAGCUGUCCUCAUGAAAAAACUAUCUCAUCACUAGUGAAUUCGUCCAUUAGCAAUUUGUUUAAACCGUUCCAGUAAGUGUUUGUUUCGUUUUUUCUCGCAGCGAAUCUCAGCGGCCUGAAAGGCUCAUCCGCAGAACAUAUUCCGAAGCUACAGAUAGUCCUGGACCCAGGUAAGAAAAACACACAAGCGCGUCAGGAAGUUUGCCUGGACUAAUCUCUUACCCAGAUCUCUUUUCGACGAAGACUUACCCAGACUUCAUAUGGGCGAGGAUACCGACAAGAGAUCUGGGUACGAGAUUACGAAAUUAUGGAUGUGCAUGGUCCCAGAUGCACCUUUUUUUACCAGUAAUAGUUUUUGAAAAGAUGUUCUAUUCGUGAUGUGGGAGAGAAAAAAUCAGGGACCAGAUGCUUAUAUCUUAACGUCAGACAACCGUCGAUCAACCCAGUCAAACCUUUCCAUUUUAAUGCGAAGCUUUAGCAAGUACGUCUUACGUUAGUUUUGAUGUCGUGAGCUGUUAGGUUCCUUACGUGGUUCGAACCAAUGGCAACCCAGAAUACUGGUCGUCGGGCGCCCCUGACUUCGUCUAAUGAAUACGGGAGCAACAGAUUGAUGUACUUGUUGUGGAGGACUAAGUUCCUCUUGGCAAUCUGCAGAAAAGCGGGGGAAUAAACGAAAUCUGUUGACACGAUUUACUCACGUGACUUUCUUUGGAGCAUUGUUAUUCCAUUCUCUUUGGAGUCUUUUUUCCACAUUUGUUUCAAAGUUGAACAAAAUAUUGUUGUCACACUUAUUUGUAGUUGCAUUAGCGAGAUCGUAAGAGAAACUGCGGAUGCCCUGUCUGUCUUAAAUUUCAACAUUUAAAAAAGUAUUGAUAAUUCCAAGUGCUUCGGGGCGUUGUCGCUAACCCUAGUGGUUUGCUAGCCUUGUACUCGGAUUCUAGUUUGUUACUAGCAUACUAGUUUUAUUUUUUUCCGGUUAGGUAUUAACUUAUUAUGCAUGUAACUUUAAAAAUAUGUUUCAGUUGUUAUUUAAGUAAGUGUGAAUUAAGAUACUGAUUAAGAUACUGAAGUUACUGAUUCGAAAUUGAUUCAUUUUUGUUUCAACAGAGUGGAGGUGAUUCGCCAGCCGACAGGACCAGACGGCACGAAGGGAUUUACACAGCCACGAGUCCUCUUGUACAACUCCCACACAUCGGACAAGCUACAAAAUGGGACAUCAGCUGAGGAGGGAAGCGUAUUUGAGGACCUUGUAGCCCAAAUAUUUGAUCAGGAUUAGCAGAAAAGGAACUUAACACGAACGUUAUAUAUCCACAAAAGGACUUCUGUAAAAUAGAAAACUGCAUGCUUUUGGAUCGACUUUAGUGUUCCAGCCACAAAACAAACUCGCGUCAAGCAGUUGCUAGUAUUUUAAUGGUUAGGUCUUGCUACCAGUAGAUGCAGCUUCGAAUAAGUGGAGAAAACGACUCAUGGAUCAGGUUAACAAAAUAAUGUCAACUGUUGAACGCGUUGUAUGCUAGGUGGCGUAUCAUAUUCUAACCACUAGCUUCUACUAGAUUUCAACAUGUCACUAGAUAGUUUAGACCUUACGUUUACUCAAGACGUUCCUUGUGUGAAAGAAUUUUUUUGUACUCGAUGAUUGUUUUGCAUGCUUAAUGUUUAUUUCGUUUAUUUUAAUUGAUUUUUUUUAAAUUUCUGCACGAAGCCAUAACCAAAAUAAGUAACCAGAGACGGAACCGUGGACCCACUCUUACCUUGGAUGUGCAAUUGUAAGAUUACGUUGCCGAAAGGAUAAACAAUUGAACAUGGUAUCUCAAUUAUCGACGCAUCGCAAGGUAAACUCCCUUUACCUUGUUUUGUAAAAUCACUGAAACAGAAGUAAUACAUGAAUGACGUUGUAAAUGAAAUCAUCAGUGAUAUUGUGAUUGAUUGUUUAAGGCGGUCUCAAAUGGGACAGAUUGGGUCAAUAGGAACGGUGGUGCUUUAGUAUUUUGUAAAGGUUUGCGCACGAGUGAGAAUAAGUAGAAAUUGUAUUAGGGUAGUUACUUAAU